AUGAUGGCGCACAUGGCUAGGGUACGGGCGGGUCCCCAAACAUUGCGAAGAGUCGCUGGCCGUGGCGAACUAUCUGGACGAUCGCCCAUCUCCGCCAUACGGACAAGAUGUAUUGCGACAAAUACAGAACCACGGGAGCCAGUUUCCGAGUUCCUCCCAGGCAUCUCCCCAGUACCGACACCGCAGCGAUCGGGCGGUGAGGACCGGAGAGCAGCAAUCAAGAAUGCGAAGCCUUUCUCUGCCUUUUUGACCGAUACGUUCAACCGGCAGCAUGACUAUCUGCGCAUCAGCAUCACAGAGCGCUGCAAUCUGCGAUGUCUGUAUUGCAUGCCCGAAGAGGGCGUUCCGCUAUCGCCGUCCGCCAACAUGCUGACCACACCCGAAAUCUUCUACCUCUCGUCGCUAUUUGUGUCGCAAGGUGUGACCAAGAUCCGCCUUACUGGGGGCGAACCCACCGUUCGCCGCGACAUAGUGCCCCUCAUGCAGCAAAUCGGUAGUCUGCGCCCCAAAGGCCUGCGCGAGCUCGCCCUUACCACCAACGGCAUAUCGCUGCACCGGAAACUCGACGCCAUGGUCGAGGCUGGUUUGACAGGCGUCAAUCUAAGUCUAGACACCCUGGAUCCGUUCCAGUUCCAGAUUAUGACGAGGCGGAAAGGCUUCGAUGCAGUGAUGAAGUCGAUCGACCGCAUACUCGAGAUGAACAAGUUGGGAGCAAAUGUGAAACUCAAGGUCAACUGUGUUGUAAUGCGUGGCUUAAAUGAGCGCGAGAUCCUGCCCUUUGUCGAGAUGGGCCGCGAGAAAGACAUCGAAGUUCGCUUCAUCGAAUACAUGCCCUUUGGCGGUAACAAAUGGAGUGAGAACAAGAUGAUCAGCUUCCAAGAAAUGCUGGAUAUCAUCAGGACAAAAUACCCAAGACUCAGGCCGGUUCCUGGCCACAAGAACGACACUAGCAAGACGUACGAAGUUCCUGGCUUUGUAGGCAAGGUUGGCUUCAUUACAAGCAUGACCAACGAUUUUUGCGGUUCUUGUAAUCGACUGCGCAUAACAAGUGACGGCAAUCUGAAGGUGUGCCUACAUGGAAACGCCGAGGUAUCAUUGCGCGAUGUACUGCGGCAGGGUAACAACGGUGAACCCAUCGAUCAAGAAGCAUUCGAACGUAUCAGGCAAAUCGAAAUGGACCGUCAUGAGGGCCGUCUGAGCAAUGAAACUAUACUUGGCUGGGGCCAGCGAGAACGCGAAUUGCUCGAAGUUGUAGGAGCAGCUGUAAAGCGCAAAGCAGAAAAGCACGCUGAUCUGGAAGAUCUCGCCAGCAUGGAGAACAGGCCCAUGAUCUUGAUUGGUGGGUGA